UCUAGAGUGGAACCAGUGUCUGUUGAUAGUGCAAAACAGGACAUUGGUGGACGAGUGGAUGUGAAUAGGCGUAUCAGACCCAGUGAAUGGCCUACUACCUUGGCAAGAUAUCAAAGGAAAGGAAAGAAAGGCCAAUCUUCAUGUGUACUGCCACCUUGCCAAUCACCAUCCCCUGCUUCAGUUCCAAACUCCUCAGUUGACUCAUCUGGUAAUGAAUCUUUUCCCAUUGAACCUCCUAUUAUUGAUUCUGAUAAUCUUCCUUUUGCUCUUCGGAAAGGUGUUAGGUCAUGUACUCAACAUCCCAUUUCUCAGUAUGUCUCUUAUGAUCAUUUAUCUUCUUCAUAUCAUGCCUUUGUUUCGUCUCUUUCUUCUAUAUCUAUUCCACAGAAUUGGCAGGAUGCAUUUAUGAUAUAUAAGUGGAAAUGAGCUAUGGUAGAGGAGAUGACAGCUUUGAAAAAGAAUGGCACUUGGGAGUUAGUAUCACUUCCAAGAGGAAAGAGAUCAGUGGGAUGUAAGUGGGUUUUCACUGUUAAAUAGAAUGCUGACGGUACAGUUGAGAGAUACAAGGCAAGACUGGUAGCCAGGGGUUUUACUCAAACCUAUGGCAUUGACUACGAGGAGACGUUUGCUCUAGUAGCGAAGAUGAACACUGUGCGGGCUUUGAUUUCGUGUGCUGCCAAUCUGAAUUGGCCUCUUCACCAAUUUGACGUAAAAAAUGCAUUCCUUCAUGGUGAGUUAGAGGAGGAGGUGUCUAUGGAUAUACCACCGGGGUUUUCUUCCUCAGAGACUGAGGGAAAGUUGUGCAGAUUGAAAAAGGCUUUUUAUGGGUUGAAGCAAUCACCUCGAGCGUGGUUUGACAGGUUUUCAAAAGCUAUGUUGAAGUUUGGUUACAAACAAAGCCAUGCAGAUCAUACUAUGUUCAUCAAAGGAGGUGCUGGUAAGAUCGUUGUCCUUAUUGUUUAUGUUGAUGAUAUGAUAAUGACAGGCAAUGAUGUGGAUGAGUUUGUUAAUCUCAAGUCCAGUCUCGCUCAAGAAUUUGAGAUUAAGGAUUUGGGACCACUAAGAUAUUUUCUUGGAAUGGAAGUGGCAAGGUCUGAUAAAGGUAUUUUUAUCUCUCAACGGAAGUAUAUACUUGAUCUUUUGGAAGAAACAGGUAUGUUGGGUUGUAGACCUGCAGAUUCUUCUAUUGAGGCGAAUCAUCAUCUUAGUGGAGAUGUGGGGGAGCGCACUGAUAAGGAGAGAUAUCAGCGACUUGUGGGUCGACUGAUAUACUUAGCGCACACCCGACCAGAUGUUACUUAUGCAGUAGGGGUUGUUAGCCAAUUUAUGCAUGAUCCUCGUACUUCACAUCUGGAUACAGUUUACCGUAUCUUGAGGUAUCUCAAGGCUGCUCCAGGGAGAGGAAUUUUGUUUUCUAAUCAUGGUCACCUACGAUUGGAGGCAUUUACUGUUGUCGACUGGGCUGGUUCCGUGGAUGAUAGACGUUCUACUUCUGGCUACUGUACUUUCCUUGGGGGAAAUUUGAUUACUUGGCAAAGUAAGAAGCAAUCAGUGGUUGCUAGGUCUAGUGCAGAAGCUGAGUAUAGAGCUAUGGCGCAUGGAGUUUGUGAGCUCUUAUGGCUCCAAACAGUGCUACAUGAUUUGAGAAUUUCUGAUAAUGAUCCUAUGAAACUUUACUGUGACAACAAAGCUGCCAUAAACAUUGCUCAUAAUCCUGUUCAACAUGACAGAACGAAGCACAUAGAGAUUGACAGACACUUCAUCAAGGAGAAGUUGAGCAAGGGGUUGAUAUGCAUGCCUUUUGUGAGAUCCAAAAAUCAAUUAGCUGAUAUAUUCACAAAAGGACUUGGUCGCAAAAGUUUCCACCCCAUUGUGUUCAAGUUAAGCUUGAUUGAUAUCUUCGCGCCAACUUGAGGGGGAGUGUUAGAUUAUUAUGGGUUAUUUGUAAUUAGUUUAUUAGUUGUUCUAUUAUGUAACUAGUUCAUUCUCUAGGACCAUAGUAUAAUUAGUCUAAUGUGUUGUAUAAAUACUUACGUUGUAUUCAGUUUAUGAAGAGAGAAAUAUAACCCUAAAUUUCUACGUCUCUCAAUUUUACGGUACUUGAAU